GUGUCGUCGUUUGUGGACCGAUCCGACCGAGGGAUCAGCUAGGCCUAGAUCUGCUGCCUCAAUCGUUUGGUGAAAGCCUUGCGGUGCGGUUGUUGCAAAUCAGCUCCGGUUUUCCGAAGUGUUUCUCGAAGUGUACCACGCGUGGCGCGACGUAAUCGCAUUCACUGGCAGUUGCACACCGGUUUCCGGCGCUUUGGUUCGAACGAAUCUGGCUUUGAUGGUCUGUUGUGGUCUGUAAGAAAAUAACGGGAAUUAAAGUUAAUAGUGGCAGUUUGGGGGCUUAGUGCAGUUAUUUGCGAAGGUAACCUUGAGUGCUAAAAUAGUGUGAUAAUUGAAAUCGAAGAUCUAUGUCAGCGGAAUAGUGAAGCAGAUCAGUACGAGCGAUUGUGAUUGAACUGGAUUUGGAGGUCGCCAUUUGUAGAGAAGCCUUGGAUCAUUGACCCACAGAAUCAAAUAGUAAGGACAAUCAAACGAUUGUUUGAGAUCUUAUCUGGCCGAUCUGUCCCUCUACAAUAGCUUCGCUUACGAUAGGACACCUGUCGAGCUCCCCACUAAGCCAAGACUCGAACCGUCAUCAACUCGCCAACACAUCCACAGACACAACACAAGAGAGUUCGCUCUCCAGCGAGUUUUUCGCUCUCCCCAGGAACCGGUCCCCAUCAGUGGCCCCAGUGUGGUGUGUUAGUGCAAGCAUUGAUAAAAUAAAAUCCAGAGGUGGUGGUUCACUGCCUUGUGUGACAGAACAACACCCACGUUUCUUCGCGACACCGAUAUCGACUACAGCGUCGUCAUCGCGAUUCGCCGGACCGGUACUGAAAGAGUGUGUUCGAUAGAGAGAAAGUGCACCCCAAAACUCACACAAUGAUGGACCUGUUCGUGCGGACCACAUGCGUCUUCAGCACCAGGCGUUUUAAAGCGCUUCUGCUCAUUCCAAGAAUGGGCUCCUUCACGUCGGCGCCCCAGAUCAAGAACGUCGACUGCCAGGAUGACAAGCUGGAGAUAUCGGACGGGAUGUCCAUCCCGGACCUGAUCGAGUACUGUCGGCUAAUGCGCGGCGAAGACCGGCCCCAGCUGGUAAAGCGUAGGUUCCUCAAACCUGACGAACGGGCGCGAAUACCGCCGGACGUUGCCGAUGGGUUCCGGAUGUUGAAGCUGGACGCCAUUUCCAAAAAUUCCUCUCACAUUGCAGCGUGCAGUGAGCCAACGCAGGCCGCCCCCAACUCCGCGCAGAUUCGGAUUUUUCAGUGGAACAUGCUCUCGCAAACCCUCGGUAUGAAUAACGACGGUUUCGUUAGAUGUCCAAUGGAUGCGCUCACGUGGGAGUGCAGACGCUAUCAAGCCAUUCAAGAAAUAGUACAAAACGAUCCAGAUAUUAUAUGUCUUCAGGAAGUGGAUCACUUCAAGUUCCUUCAGAAAAUUUUGGCCACCCAAAACUACGAAGGCGUGUUCUUCCCAAAGCCGGACUCGCCGUGUCUCUACAUCAACGACAACAACGGUCCCGAUGGGUGCGCGGUUUUCUACAAGAAAGACCGCCUUGAACUGUUGAACCACUUCACUCGGAUAUUGGAAGUUUGGCGUGUUCAAAGUAACCAAGUGGCAAUAGCGGCCCUCUUCCGGACACGUGACUCGAAUCAGGAAAUUUGCGUGACCACCACGCAUCUGAAGGCCCGCAAGGGUGCUCUGCUGUCGAAGCUGAGAAACGAACAAGGUAAAGAUCUGCUCUAUUUCAUCGAUGGAGUGGCCGAGAAGCGCCCAGUGAUCGUUUGCGGAGACUUCAACGCGGAACCCAUCGAACCCAUCUACAGCACAGUGCUGAACUAUAAGCCUCUUGGGCUGGGCAGUGCCUAUUCGGAUUUGCUGGCUCAGGAGUUCCCCAAGCUGACCAAGGGAAACAGUGUCAAUUCGGCUUUGCAUCACCGAAACAGCAUAGACUCGAAUCACAGCGUCGAAGACGAUUGCAGCUUGAGCUGCACGGAAAGGACAAAAGCCGAUCAAUCGGCUGCUUAUGAACCACCAUACACGACGUGGAAGAUUCGCGAGGAAGGUGAAGUUUGUCACACAAUUGAUUACGUUUUCUAUUCCAAAGAUCACUUCCGGAUAAAGAACUGCCUCAUGUUUCCCUCGGGAGACGAAAUCAGCCCGGAUCGAACUCCAAGCUACCAGUACCCAUCCGAUCACUUCUCGUUGGUCUGUGAUUUCGAACUGCAGUCAUCGAGUAGUAGUAGUAACCCAAUGACGCAACAGACUGUCGAAAACGGACAGUCACAGAUCUAAAAGACGCUUUUACAGUUGAUCGGCAGCACGUGCAAAAUGGACGCUAACGAAAAACACAGACACCACUUACAACCGUACCGAAAGUAUCAAAUUAGCAUGUAAGUCUCGGCCGUGCUUUUCGAGCACAAGCCCACAAUUUCAACGAAGUAACUUUGUGAGUUCUUUCACCAUGGACGUGAAAGCAGGAAGCUUAAUUGUUGUUAGGGUAAGUUAGAAGGCAUAUAAAACCGGGAAGCAGCAGUCGAAUCGAUCGAAUCGAUUUGAGCCUGCCCCAAAUCAACCACACGAUUCAAAGAGGACAAAAAGUUAAAAUUGUACAGUUUGUGAUAUAAAUUGUUGUGAUAUUAAGAGAAUGGAGUGCUUCCCCCUGGAUGGGUAAGCAAGCUAGACGCGCAGAAGGGAGAGAUGAAUCCCGAGAAAUUUCCUUUAUUGACUUAUUUAGUAGCAGGACGAUUUUCUACCAACGUCGAUGGUAUAUUUUAUUUGUAAGAAAUAGAAGCCCUGGUUUAUUUUUUAUAUUGUGAGCCAUCAAAGUCAAGAGGUUAUAGGUUAGAAAACUACAGAUAAAAUCCAAGAUUUUAUUAUUGGUUGAAAACAAAAAAUGUUAAAGCUGGGCUACAGAAAUACUUGACACAAGUCAAUUAAAAUAGUAAACAGAUGGAAUCGUCAAUUUGGAAGAUGGUACCUUUAAGGAAAAACAACUGUAAGAUGUGUUAAAGAAAUAAAUAUGACAAAUUUAA